AUGUUGGUUCGCAGGCUGGUUCCCCUGCCUGCCGCCGGGUGCACGCUCGCCGCGCCCAGUCCUCGCUUCAGGCACGCGGCGACCUUCGCCCGACGGCACGGCUCCUCCUCGGGGCUGCUGGAGGAGCUGGAUCGCGAGGUGGAUCGGGCCCUCGAGCGCGCGACGCGGGCCACUGUGACUUGGACCCCCCUGGCCACGGGCUUCGUCUCCCCCGCCGUCACCGCCGCCGUGGUGUCGGCCCUCAGCACCUCCGCGGACACGGGGGUGAUACCCUGGGGCGGCUAUCCACAGGCCGAGCGCGCCAGGCUGCUGCUGGGGCCGCGAGACAUGCUGGAUGUGCGAAGCGUCCCCGUGACCCUCUCCCUCACGGACCUUGCUGACCUGGCGCUGCCCCCCCCGCGAAUCAGGGAGGUGUCCAGCGUGGAGGCCUCCCUGCGCCUGGACUCCAUCCUGUCGGCGGGCCUACGCCUCAGCCGCUCCAAGGCAGCAGACCUCGUGCGCCAGGGCUCCGUGCGGGUGAACUGGCGCCCCGUGGCCAAGCCCAGCGUGGAGCUGAGCGCGGGGGACAUCAUCUCCUGCUCUGGCAAGGGGCGGCUGGUGCUGCGCGACGCGCAGCCCACCGCCAAGGGCCGCUGGCGCGUGACCAUGACGCAGACCGUGUGA